GGUCCCAGUCGCCGGGGGAUGGGCAUCCAGCUCAGGGGCCAGGCUGGCACCGCUCGCUGAAAGAUCUCUUGACUGGGCUUGUGGGGGAGACGGGUGCCCGCCUGAGGCUAUGCAUGACGUGUUUAUUCUCUUUCUUUCCUUGUGCUCAGGUUUCCCUCGGCAGGCGCGCGAUGCAGCGUGCGGCGGCCCUGGUCCGGCUGGGCUGCUGCCCCCAGGCUCGGGUCUCCUGGGGCCGUAGUCAGAGCAGCGCGGCCGCCGAGGCCUCGGCCGUGCUCAAGGUGCGGCCCGAGCGCAGCCGGCGCGAGCGCAUCCUCACGCUGGAGUCCAUGAACCCGCAAGUGAAGGCAGUAGAGUACGCGGUGCGGGGACCCAUCGUGCUCAAGGCCGGCGAGAUCGAGCUCGAGCUGCAGCGGGGUAUCAAAAAACCAUUCACUGAGGUCAUCCGAGCAAACAUCGGGGAUGCCCAGGCCAUGGGCCAGCAGCCAAUCACCUUUCUCCGACAGGUGAUGGCACUCUGCACCUACCCAAACCUGUUGGACAGCCCCAGCUUCCCAGAAGAUGCUAAGAAACGAGCCCGGCGCAUCCUACAGGCUUGUGGCGGGAACAGCCUAGGGUCUUACAGUGCUAGCCAGGGUGUCAACUGCAUCCGUGAAGAUGUGGCUGCCUACAUCACCAGGAGAGAUGGCGGCGUGCCUGCAGACCCAGACAACAUCUAUCUGACCACUGGAGCUAGUGAUGGUAUUUCUACAAUCCUGAAGAUUCUCGUCUCUGGGGGUGGCAAGUCACGGACGGGUGUGAUGAUCCCCAUCCCACAGUAUCCCUUGUACUCGGCGGUCAUCUCUGAGCUCGAUGCCAUCCAGGUGAACUACUACCUGGACGAGGAGAACUGCUGGGCCCUGAACGUGAACGAGCUCCGGCGGGCACUACGAGAGGCCAAAGACCACUCUGACCCCAAGGUGCUCUGCAUCAUCAACCCCGGGAACCCCACAGGCCAGGUACAAAGCAGAAAGUGCAUAGAAGAUGUGAUUCACUUUGCCUGGGAAGAGAAGCUCUUUCUCCUGGCUGACGAGGUGUACCAGGACAACGUGUACUCUCCAGACUGCAGAUUCCACUCCUUUAAGAAGGUGCUUUAUGAGAUGGGCCCUGAGUAUUCCAGCAACGUGGAACUUGCCUCCUUCCACUCCACCUCCAAGGGUUACAUGGGCGAGUGUGGCUACAGAGGAGGCUACAUGGAAGUGAUCAACCUGCACCCUGAGAUCAAGGGCCAGCUGGUGAAGCUGCUCUCAGUGCGUCUGUGCCCACCAGUGUCUGGACAGGCUGCCAUGGACAUCGUCGUGAACCCCCCGGUGCCAGGAGAGGAGUCCUUCGAGCAGUUCAGCAGGGAAAAGGAAUCUGUGCUGGGUAAUCUGGCCAGAAAAGCAAAGCUGACAGAAGACAUGUUUAACCAAGUCCCAGGAAUUCACUGCAACCCAUUGCAGGGAGCCAUGUAUGCCUUUCCUCGAAUCUUCAUCCCCGCCAAAGCUGUGGAGGCAGCUCAGGCCCAUAAAAUGGCCCCAGACAUGUUUUACUGCAUGAAGCUCCUGGAGGAGACUGGCAUCUGUGUCGUGCCUGGCAGUGGAUUCGGGCAGAGGGAAGGCACCUACCACUUCAGAAUGACCAUUCUCCCUCCAGUGGAGAAGCUGAAGACGGUGCUCCAGAAGGUGAAAGACUUUCACAUAAAGUUCCUGGAGAAGUACGCUUGAGGACACCUCGGGGUCCAGAGGGAGGCUCGUCCUCGGGUCUUCUCCUGAUUCCCACCUGGGCCAGGCUGAACUCACCUCCCCCGUGACCCCGCCUCAGGCCUCACGGAGGUCACUGGUCGCGUUCAUCAUCAUUUUGCCACAGGAGACUUCUUUCUUUGUGCCUUGAUGUUGGGAGCACUUCUCUUCUGAGCAAACAGAUUUGCGAUGUCUUGGAGGCCCUGAUUUUUUUCAUGCAACCAAAGUAGAGGGGACUUGCUCAGCAGAUAUGCCUGGGACUCUCCGAAUCUGUUAUUGUUGUUGCUUUUGGAAAGUUCAUUUGGGGUUUUAAACCAUCAGGAUGUGUUGAGUGAGAUGUGUCAGAUCUGGAGAAACAACCAGGUGUCGGGAAAUGUAUAGUUUAAACAUGGUGAGGACUGGAAAUCCAGAACUCACCAACAUGAUCUGUGAAAUAAAACCCUUAGUGGUGUGAAUAUCUAGUCCUUCAAACAGUAGAGCCUGGAAGUCCAGUGGGGGUUCAGAGAGGGUCCACCAUUCUGGCCUGGAGGUAGAUAGCCUAUCUCAGACGAGAAUGGUGAGAUCGGUAGCACAAGGGUUGGACAGGAUGCCAGGCUAGGUUGUGGUGGUCAUGGGGCUACAGCCAAAGUCAGAGGGUCCUGCGGGGGAGGAGCGGGUGUGAGCCAGGCUCCUUGCUGACCCAGGUGUCUGCUUCUGAACAACACAAUGGGUAGUGAGGUCUCUGCACACAAGGGCUUUGAGGAUGAAGGGUUCUCUUGAACAUGCUUAGGCUGGGAUCCGCAUCUGAGAGGAUCCCUGGACUUUGGGGACAUGGUACAGCCCAGCAAUAUCCCUGCCUGGUAGCAAGCGGAUUCAUCCCAUUGGUUACCCAAGGACAGUUCUAUCCCAAGGGCUUGAAUGAUCUUUUACACAUGUUGCCUCCUGCACACAGCGACAGGGACAACGAAAGACUGAAAAUGUCCUGAUCAGGGAGGGAGGUGCUCAAGGACUUGACGAACAGUCAAGCCCUUGUAGUUUCUUGAAUUGUUUCAAACUGAAUUUGGCCCAUUUCCUAACUCUUAACUGGUAAAAGUGCCCUGUAUCCUGGCUGCUGUUGAGGAGUACAUGAGAUCUGAUUGGAAGUUUAUUGAAGUAUUUCAGUGCAAAAUGCUUUGCCUUCGCGUUAGCUGCUGGCUCCCUUCCCAGAUCUUCAGACCGUGUCCUGUGACAUCAGUCGUCUCUCCAGGCCGAAUGGGUAUCAGCCACCAUGCAUGUAGCUUCCGUGUCAUGAGCAAACCUGGAGAGGGGCCCAACCCACACCCCAAGGAGGCAGGUGCUCCAGGCAGCAGCAGGCUUAGUGCUCUCUUCCCGUUCAGCUGGAGCCCUGCCCCUCACCAUCUGCCCUCUCCAGUGGGAAGUUAAGGGAGCCAAGGCCAGCUCAGGAGUCGGGGGACCCAGCAAGUCCCAAAAUGGAACUGAAGAAGCUGGAGAGAGAAAUCUGAAGAGGCUAAAGAGUGGGGUUUGAAAGUAGCCUCCUAUGCUAUAAUUUCCACACUGGGUCUAUGCAGGGGAAUGAGAUAGAAAACUUCAAACUUUCAUUACUCACUAGCAUUACAGUACCCACGAAGAAAGUAGCCACAAUAUCAAGUAACAAAAGGGAAUGUUUUAACUUUUCCUCCCUUGACAUAUUGAAAAAAUUGCACUUGUGCUUGUUGUAUGGUAUAUAGACCAGGAUGGGUCCCAGAGUCAUGAGAUUCCUGGUGGAAAGGUUAAAGAGUAGAAGCUAGUCUAUUUUUUAUAUUUUUGUAACAAUUGCUUUUUUCAUGGGAUGGGAGAGGGUAGUAUUUAUAGUCUUAAUAAAUCCAGUAAUUUUUAAUCUCUAAAGAUUAUAAAUAGUCCCAAAAAACUUUACAACGUUUACAUGAUUUUUUAAAAGAUGCCAUAUAACAUUUGAUUUGCUUUUAAAAUAAAUGAAUAAUAUGGUCCACUAGUUUAGGAAGUUAACUUCAGAUAGGAAUGCUGAUCGUGAUAGAUUGGAUUUUCUGUACAUUCUCUUCCGGUGCCUUUCCUAUUUGGGCACCACCCAGGAAAGUUGAUUGUCACUUGGGGUUGCACUUUGAAUCUACACCUGUGAAGUUUCUGUCAGAUCUGUGUGUGGGUGAUGCCGGGGAAGCUCGUGACGGGCUGUACCUUGGGCGGUCCAUCACCUCACACCUCAAGCCUGGGCUGGUUGUUUCUGUUCUGAUGUGUGGAGUUUUCAGGAAGAGCAGACAGAGACCUGUAUAUGGCUAUUUUCCAGUCUAGGUUCUCACAGGCAUCUCCUGACAAAGGUACUUAAUGAUAGCUCUGCUGGAAAUUUUUGAACAAUAAAAUAUGUGUCCAAAAUGGUGA